UUGUAAUUGGAAAUUCGUACAGCAAAAUAUUUUGUGUAAUUAAGGGGGAGAGGAAACCUAUCUUUUUACUCCUUAAGGGGAGGAAGUUUUAAUUGCUUUAUGUAGCGUGAAGCGGCUUUUGUUGUCGCAGUGUAAAGUUGGUUAGAGGGCAUAAAAAACGGUGAGAGCGCAUUGGUGGAUGCAGACCCCUCCGUUCACUUACAAUGGGCGGAGGAAAACGAGUGCGCGCAGGUGGCCCGAUUUGUUUUUAAUGAAACCUGAAAGCAAGCUCCUUUAAUUGACGAUAAAUACCCAAAAUAGUGGCCUUAAAUGUGGGAACAAUGUGUGAAAAUCACAUAGCUGCUAAUCUGGUUACAAUGAGGUAGCGUGUGUUUCAUUGACAGGCAACACGAGGGCUAACUAAGAGAUUUGUCAACCAACUCGCCAUUGUCAACGGUCGCAUUGUGUCCUGUCCACGACUCUCACUGAGGUUUUGAAGGAACACCUGCAAUUAGCAAGUGCCCCCGCUGUUCGACUGAUUCGAUACUGGGGAUACUAGACGACACCUGAGCGAACGCAUUUGUACGACAGCAUGGCGACUGCCAGACAGCUUGGCGCCAUAAGGCUUUUCUUGGUCGUCUGCUUAUUAAUCUCGGGAUUCCCUACGCUUCUGCGGUCCCACCCGUUGGAUAAACUGAGGGGUGGAAGGGGAGAGACAAACCCUUUCGCUAGUGAAGAAGCAAAAGAGAAGUUAUCACAAGUUUUUGGGAUAGACCCACCCCCGAUACCACAUCAUAACCACCGUUCUCCACCUCAGUACAUGAUAGACCUGUAUAACGCCAUAGCGGACACUAAUGGAAUUACCAAGGGGAUGAAACCCUUCAAUGCCGACGUUAUACGGAGUUUUCCGGAUAGAGACACCCGUCAUCAGACUCAUUACUAUUUCAAUGUAUCUUUCAUCAAACCUGGGGAAGAAAUUCUGGAGGCUGAGUUUCAUUUAUUCAAAAUGAAACCGCGGCUGACGAACCAGGAUCGCCCAAGACAGGCGGUCCAUUUGAUAGAGUUGAAGGUAUACCAGGUCCUUGACGUUAACCAUAUGUUCGCAGAGGAGGGGGUUCGCCUGCUUGACGCCCGUCGACUUAGCGGACACACUCACGGGUGGGAGGUAUUCAACGUGAAAAAGGCGGUCGAGGACUGGGCCAAAAAUAGCUCUACCAACCACGGUUUCCUCGUCACCGCCAAGUCUCUGGACGGAGCCCAUCUGAACGGGACCUACGUCCGCUUUGCCCAGAGAAGUGAACAUCACGACAGCAAGCAGCCCAUCCUGGUGGUUUUCACGGACGAGGGAAAGAGAAAGUACUUCAACCACAUUGCUGGGGCCAAGAAUAAUUUUUUACAAGGGUCGCGGCAGAACGAAUACACUUUUUACCACAGGCGACCCGACGGCCGCUUUCAGAAAAACUACGCAGCCAUCCAAUAUCUGAACGAACGCUUUCAUUCAUUCGGAGCUGACAACACAUCGUCAACAGACUCCGAAGACACACAAAGGCAAGGAGACCCAGAAACUUCAUCAGGUCGUAGUAAAAGAGCUGCUCAGAAUUACUAUGGCUUCAGACGCCGCAGAAAACAGACAGACUCUUGCGACCGCCACGAGCUGUACGUGGACUUCGAGGCGAUCGGGUGGUCGGGGUGGAUUAUAUCCCCCAAAGGGUACAAUGCAUAUCAUUGUAAAGGUGAAUGCCCCUUCCCUCUCGGGCAGAAUCAAAAACCUACAAACCAUGCUACAGUGCAGAGUAUAGUCCACGCGUUAAAAGUGGCCAAAGACGUCGGUGCGCCGUGUUGUGUGCCAAAUAAACUCUACUCUAUCAGUUUAUUAUACUUUGACGAUCACGAAAACGUGAUCUUGAAGCAGUACGAUGACAUGGUGGCGGCCAGUUGUGGAUGUCAUUAAUAGUGUUCAGUAUCUACCUGGGGCACGCUGUGGGCUGGCCACCGCUCCCACUCGCCGAGAACGCCAGCAGGCUGAGAAAGUAACCCCCUCUGGCCGCCCACAAUUACCACAUAUUUCAGUUCUAUGCCGAUAAAUACACCAUUCGCCCCGUAAUACUGUUGCACUUGUCGCUUAUUGCCAGCCAGAAGGAGAAACAUUGCUUUCUUUAUAAUCAUUGACUCGUUUCCUAUGAUUUUAAUGUCAGUGACUUUUUAAAAAGAAACUCUUUUUUGAUUUUCCGGUUAAGAAGACAACGAAUGGGAGUACAAAUCGUUUACAGGCAACCUUGAGAUUGCCGACAAUGGAAGUAAUGACCCAUGGACACCGGGAGACACAAGGAUAGUUUUUUCGCUUACAGAAAAUCAGAUGAUCUUUUAACAACCUUUCAAUGACGACAAGUGUUCCAAAGUUGAGCGGGUUUGCGGUGGCAUUCUAUGUGUUCAUGUAGUUAGGGAUGAACUAGUCAAUACAAAACACAACAAAGAUGAACCCAACUGAAACAAGCCGUGGGCGGGGGAGGAACAUGUUGGCGGAUGUUAUAUCAGUAUUAUUAACGAUAACGACGGAAGCGCUGGGUUGGUAUCGUCUGCCCAAGCUGUCGUCUGGGGAGCACUCCCAGUCACGUGACAGAGGUCAGGUCCGCCCGCAAAUUUCGGCAGCUGCCGUAUUGCCCUGGCCAGCUGUGCUGCAACUUGCAUCACUCACUUCAAAGGUAAAAAGUGACUUCAUUAACCAGCCAUAUAAUUAAACUGCAUAUAAUGUGUAUAAAGUGUGUAAAUAUAGAUGUAAAUUAUUUCCGGUGUAAAUCUGGGACACAGAAAUAUCACGCGACGGCGCGGCUGUCGGAGGAGACAGAGAAAUGAAGCAUGUCAAACAUGUAACGACGACUUGACCACAAAUUUCUUUUAAUGCUGUGCAGAUAAUGACUUGACUUCCUAAUUAAUUUCAGUUAUUGACUUACUUGAGAUAAAAAGCAGUGUGAUAUCAAAAGUUUUCAAUCACGUUAAUGUAUUGACACAAAACGUCUGGCGACGACAGUCUGUUUCACGUAUUUUUUUACAUCCUUUUUAUUAUUUUCCAACAUAAUUACGAAAAAAGCGCCAAUAAUUUUAUUAUUAUAUUUAGCGUUCUUUUUUGCAUGUAUGUUCAGUCUGUUGAACGAGCUCUAACAAGGUUAUCUAUCUAACAAUAUUUAGACUACAGUGGAAAAGAAAGGUACAAAAGGCGAGUUAUUUGUAGAAAGAAAAAAAAAACAUUAGAAAUUUAUAAGCCAGAACGCUUGCUAUCACUUUCCUUAAUUUGAGGAUUUAUUAACACAUGUUCAGUUUCUAAAAUGCAGGGAGAAUUGUGGGGAAAUUAAAGCGCCCUAUCUUGUGGCAAGAAUCCGCCUCAACAGUUCAAAGUUGCUGAAGUUUGUUGAACGUAUUAUACGUAAAAUUAAAUCUUUUUGUCAGCCGGGCGAGUACUCAGACUGUAUUUACGUCCAGGCAAAGUGAUCUUGUGCAAUUAAAUAUUAUCUACCUAGAAAUAAAAUGUGCAACAGUAAAAGAACGCAAUGGCAGACACAGCGCCAUCUCAGAAACUGAUGAUAUUAGGGUCUAUUUGUGCAAAGACACUACAAAAUUUCUAGUUCCACUUGUUAGAAAGUAUUUUAAUGCGGCGACUGACGUAGUUAAAGUACCGUUGCGAACAUACUUUUAACUUAAUUUUAAUUUUUUUAUCUAACUCAUAUCUUGCGAAUCUGUUUCUUUUAAUACACCACCAGAUGUACAGUUCCACUUCCUGGGAAGUAUUGUUUUUUCAUUUGUUCUUUCUUUCAUUUUUUUCUUUUUCUCCAUUGACUUAGCAUCUGGCGUAAUUUUAAACUUGCAUUUUGAAAAUAUCUUCAUCAAAUUCAUAACUUCACGCCAGGUGCCCCCUCCCCGCGUUCAUCAGGUGCCGUUUGUAUGUAUAUGCAGGUGACCAGUGUAUAGUGAUAGAUGUAUGUACAUCCAGGUGACCAGUGUAUAGUAAUAUGUGUAUAGUGUACAGGCCAAACCCUUGUUAUGAUUCUAAACAAUUAAUGGAUAAUUACAAUUGUUGAAGCAAUGUAAUGUUACGAUUAAUAAAUGUUCUC